GGUGAUCGCUGUGAGGAGCUUUGAGAAAAACAAAGCUCGAAGCUUGACUCUUUCACGCGAUGUGUUCAUUGGAAUCAUUUAUCUCCUGACGCAGUAACAUGUUUUAAGCUGGUUUCAUGUGUGGUGCUGAACCAACUUAAGAAGAUGUGUGAAGGAAAACACAUCUUUGAAGUUCAUGCUAGAUACUUAAGGCAGUAAUAUCCAAAAUAUGGAAAAACAAGGUCCAGUACACAUCCGCGACACUAUUAGUGACCAGAAAACUGGACAUCCUGGAUGUGUGGGAGAACUGCCAGAAACAAGUCCAGUUCAGAUCAACAACUCUAUCAGUGACCAGGACACUGGAUGUGUGGGAGAACUCCUAGAAACAAGUCCAGUUCAGAUAAGCAACUCUAUCAGUGACCAGAACACUGGAUGUGUGGGAGAACUCCUAGAAACAAGUCCAGUUCAGAUCAGCAACUCUAUCAGUGACCAGAACACUGGAUGUGGGGGAGAACUCCUAGAAACAAGUCCAGUUCAGAUAAGCAACUCUAUCAGUGACCAGAACACUGGAUGUGUGGGAGAACUACUAGAAACAAGUCUAGUUCAGAUAAGCAACUCUAUCAGUGACCAGUACACUGGAUGUGAUGGAGAACUUCUAGAAACAAGUCCAGUUCAGAUCAACAACUCUAUCAGUGACCAGAACACUGGAUGUGUGGGAGAACUUCUAGAAACAAGUCCAGUACAGAUCAACAACUCUAUCAGUGACCAGAACACUGGAUGUGUGGGGGAACUUCUAGAAACAAGUCCAGUUCAGAUAAGCAACUCUAUCAGUGACCAAAACACUGGAUGUGUGGGAGAACUUAUAGAAACAAGUCCAGUACAGAUCAACAACUCUAUCAGUGACCAAAACACUGGAUGUGUGGGAGAACUUAUAGAAACAAGUCCAGUUCAGAUCAACAACUCUAUCAGUGACCAGAACACUGGAUGUGUGGGAGAACUGCCAGAAACAAGUCCAGUUCAGAUCAGCAACUCUUUCAGUGACCAGGACACUGGAUGUGUGGGAGAACUUAUAGAAACAAGUCCAGUUCAGAUCAACAACUCUAUCAGUGACCAGAACACUAGAUGUGUGGGAGAACUUCUAGAAACAAGUCCAGUUCAGAUCAACAUCUCUAUCAGUGACCGGGACACUGGAUGUGUGGGUGAACUUAUAGAAACAAGUCCAGUUCAGAUCAACAACUCUAUCAGUGACCAGAACACUGGAUGUGUGGGAGAACUGCCAGAAACAAGUCCAGUUCAGAUCAGCAACUCUUUCAGUGACCAGGACACUGGAUGUGUGGGAGAACUGCUAGAAAGGAGCCAUCCUAGGGAACAUGAAGUAAGACGGCAUGAGUGUACUGAGUGUGGGAAAAGAUUUAAAAGAUCAGGACACCUAAAGACACACAUGUUGUGUCACAGCGGAAUCAAGCCUCAUGAAUGUAUUGAGUGUGGGAAAACAUUCUCACAAACCAGUAACUUACAGAUACACAUGCUCAAUCACAGCGGACUCAAGCCUUAUGAAUGUACAGUGUGUGGGAAAAAAUUUAAACAGACAAGUAACUUACAGAAUCACAUGCUGUAUCACAGCGGAGUGAAGCCGUAUGAGUGUAAAGUGUGUGGGAAGAAAUAUACGCAAUCAAGCAACUUGAAUACUCACAUGGUCAGUCAUGGCGGAGUCAAGCCCUUUGAGUGUACAGACUGUGGGAAAAAGUUCAUACAAUCGGCCCAUUUACUUCGACACAUGAUUGUUCACAGUGCAGUCAAAUCUAACUUGGUGUGUAUGGAAUGUGGGAAGACAUUUGGACUUCCGCAUAAUCUUAAAAAACACAUGAGGAGUCACAGUACAAUUAGGCCAUUUGGGUGCAAUGAGUGUGGAAAGACUUUUACAGAAUCGGGUGACCUGCAGAGGCACAUGAUGUGUCACAGGACAGAUGAGCCUUUUGAGUGUAAAGAGUGUGGGAAAAGGUUUAGACAACGAGGUAACCUACAGAAACAUUCAAAGUGUCACAGUGGUGUCAGGUCGUUUGUGUGUGGUGAGUGUGGGAAAGCGUUUGCAAGAUCAGGUAACCUGCAGGAACACAUGAAGGGUCACAGCGGAGUCAGGCCAUUUGAGUGUGGGGUUUGUGGGAAAGCCUUUGCACGUUCAAUUAAGCUGCAAAUACACAUGAGGAGCCACACUGGUGAAAAGCCUUGUAAGUGCAGCGUGUGUGGGAAAGGGUUUACGGAAAAGAGCAGCCUGAAUGUACACAUGAAGCGCCACAGUGGCGUGAAACCUUUUCAGUGUUGUGAGUGUAGGAAAGCGUUCACAACAUCCGGGCAGCUGCAGAUGCAUAUGAGGAGCCACAGUGGAGUCAAACCUUACAAGUGUGAUGAAUGUGAGAAGACAUUUACAGGAUCAAGUAAUCUUCAGACACACAAAAGGCGGCAUCACAGCGGAGUUAAGUCAUUUGAGUGCGAUGUGUGUGGGAAAGUAUUUAAGAAAUCAGGAUUCCUGGAGAGACACAAAAGACACAAACACAGUUGACAUGGUCCAUAGAAGGAUAUAAAUGUGGUGUGAGGCUUGGACGGCAUGCAUUACCAUCUCAACAUUUUGUUCUUACUGAGGGACCGGCCAUUUGAUAAUUGGUAUCUGGUCUUGAAUUUUUGUUUGAGACCAAAUAAAUUUUAGCACACUUUAUCAAGACCCACAUUUCAUUCAAAUUAUAAACAUAUUUACCACAUCCUGUAUGGCUAGUUAAAUGUUUUUGUUUGUAUAAACUAAGGUAAAAAACACAAAUUCCAGUAUUUUCUGGAUCAAAUUAUUAUUGUUUAAAAAAAAUCCCAACACACCUUGGUUAUCUAAGGGAUAUCAUAUCAUGUGUAUCUCCUUCAUUGCCUUUAGAAAUAUUUUUGACACUUUGUCUGUCGUGUCAAUGGUCAAUUUCAUCCUCAAGGUCAUGGAAUAAAAACGUUAUUAAACACCUAGCAUGACCAAGAUAGCUGAGGUGCUCAUUGGAUAUGUAGUAAUUGUGUACUGCCAAACUAGAAGUGGACUUACUGUUGGUCAAGGACAUAUACAUUUCAUGCCUACAUGUAAAAUGUGUAAGGUCAUUCAUAAAGAGCUUUUGCCAUUUCUCUAAAACACCUGAUAUUUCUAAAACUUAUCAUGUAGUGUUUGUAUUAUUUUAAUACUUAUCGAAGUCAUGUAUGACAAGGGAUUCUUCUGUCAUGAAUAUCAGUUGUUAAUCAUGGGGAUCUACAUUCUACUACAUAACGUCCAUAACGUUGAUCGAUAAUUUGGACCCCAAAGGUAGCGUUGUAGCGAGGGAUCACUGUACUGUUAUUGUAUGCAACAUUGCUUUGCUGCAAUGAAUUCCUCCUGGGGACAUCAUAUUUUGCUGAUGUGUUGGUAUCCUUGGCCUUGUUCUUGAAAUAAAUGUAGCUGAUAUUGAAGGUCAACCCCUAUCUCCACAAGCACAUGGUCCAACACACAAGAAUUCUUUACUGCAUUUGGAUGAAAUUUGGUCCAUAUACUUCUGGUGGUCAUUGAGGGUCAAGGUUACUUAAAUGGUCAUUCAUUGGUUGUUCAGAUUCUUCAUAUACUUAACUCAGCCACUGUGUUGAUGUCUGUACAAACUAGCACCAUAGUUUCACAGGGCUCCAGGUAAUAGUUUGGGCCAUUGAGUGUAAAUGUCGCUUUUAACAGUAUUCCAGUUAUAUCACGACUUGUCAGCUUAAUGUGGGAGGAAAGCCCGAAGUGAUGCAGGUCUCACACGUUUACCACU